AUGGAUCCCCUAAGAACCGGGGAUCACAGGGAGGAAGGAGCCGUGCCUGGUAACGCACCGGUCCCAGCGCGUAGCUCACGUGGAAAACGUGGAAGACUGGGGCGCUUAGCACGCCCAUGCACAAUAGACGGUCAAGCUGAAGGUGAGUCUGAUGGCUCUCAGGUUUCCCGCAUUUCGGCUACUUCCGAAGAUACUCGAAAAAGGAAAGCUAAGGCUCCGAGUGGGGACACAGUGGCCGCUAAUUAUAAAGCAGUAGUUAAGGUAGCCUCUGCUUCAGCCACAGCCACAGAAGGGGAAGACAAGGAAGACGGGCACGAUACUGAGGAGGAUUCCCAGGACCUGUCUGGUAUAAAGUUAAAAUCAACCUUACCUAACCCGGAAGGGUUAGGACUGGAGUUGAAAUCUCAAAGCAACAGAAUGAUUGAAAGUCACAUAGAUUUUCAACUCCAAGAGAUUGAAAAAGUUGCAGAUCGUUCCCGCAACUUAAAAGGGUGUUUCGUCCGUGGUUUAAGGUCGGCUGUCACUAGCGUGAGAGCUGCAGCUAAUGAACUUGCUAGGAGGUCCAGUGCUAACGGAAUUGUAGCAAAACUUGAAAAAGAAAACGCUGAACUACGUUCACAGCUUUUCAGCCUUGCCGGACGGAUGGAGAAACUUACGGAAGAAAUUAAACACCUCCGUAAACAGACCCAAGAACGAGCUAGUAAGACUCACUCUUAUGCUCAGUAUACGCCAUCAGGUCCAAAGUAUAUGAGCGACGAGGAGAAGAUGAUGGAACGCAUUGGCGCCUUGGUUGAGAGUAAGCUGGCUGCUUUUGGGGCCAGAUUAUUCCCGGGUGCCACGCAUCAGCAGCCAUUGGGAACGACAAAUAUGGUCUCUACUAAGUCGGUGCAGCCGUUGCCCAAAUCAGCGAAACCUAAGCGGAAGAAGAAAAGGGACCGAUGUCCCAUUACGGCUGUACGAAAGUUGGCAGCCGCCAAAACAGUCAAGACGCCAGUACUCCAGAGCCCGGAGACCAAGAAGGGCACCGGU